GCCAUGGACUUCCACUUAACUUGGACAUAACUUGUUUCUUAUUGCAGUCAUUACGAUUUUUUGACAAGCUGCUCCUAAAGGUGUCUGUCGUCCACAGUCCCUGUGUAGUCUCUUGUGAUUCGACCUCCAUCUCUAACAGAGAGAAGCUCCUGGAGCUCUGCAUCACUCCAGUUUACCGUCUCAGCUGAUUUUGUUUACAAAAGCAAAACGUACUACCAUGUUUACUUUCAUUUUCAACAUAGUUGAUGGCUGGAGCUCUACAGUAAUUCCCCAUGUGACACCACCCAAGGUGUAAUAUGCAUUCACAAGUCCAGCGUUGCAGCAAUAUUACCACCAAGCUUGGCAAAACGAAUGCUGUAAAAUUCUUGCAUUGCCAUGCCACUAGGGCACGUUCAUAAGACACUUUUUACUUCCAGGCUCCGCCAUGAUGCCAAAAGAAGAAGCAAGUACAAAUGUUGAUGCUAAUGAACAAAAAUUUCUGACUCAUUACUCUCUCAUGUACAAAUAAAAAAAUGUUUGCAGAAUGCAAAAUGAAAAGGUACUGGUAAUGAUGACGGCAUCAGGGUUUAAUGACAAAAUUGCUGCCUACAACAGGCAUCAGCAAACAGCAUUAUAUAUUAUAUAAGUAAAUGUAAGAACAAGUCCAGUAAAUGUAUUUGAAGAGGUUCCUUUUCCGAGAUCAUUAGUAAAUUGCAAUAAUCUUCAAGACGUUAGUCACAGUAUAAAGACUUACUCAUUUAGGCUUCAAAAUGAUUGUAGACAAGAAAUAAUUUGGUAAAGAUCAGAUAAUAUUAUCAAGCAUUUAUAGGGUAGUAGUGUAACAUCUUCUUGAGGUGUGAAAAAAAGUACUUGUCAGAAGUGGGAUUCGAACCCACGCCUCCAGAGGAGACUGCGACCUGAACGCAGCGCCUUAGACCGCUCGGCCAUCCUGACUCGUGAUGAGAAGAGCGGAACAGAUGUUUAUGAUUCUAAGUUAAGUGAACCUCAUGGCCUCCUCUCCUCCACACAACUUCUCCUGGGUGGAGCCAGGUAAACUGGCUGGACUGGCAAGGCCCAGCAUGCCGUGCGAAUACCGCUACCUGCUGGAUAAUGGGAUCAAGCACCUGGUUUGUCUGUGUGAGAGGAAACCACCUCAGCAUGACUCAUGUCCGGAGCUGAAGCUUCACCACAUUAAGAUAGCAGACUUCACUCCUCCAUCUCCCACUCAGAUUGACACAUUUCUCUCAAUUGCAGAAGAUGCCAACUCAAAAGGAGAGGGUGCGGCGGUUCAUUGUAUGCACGGCCAUGGAAGAACAGGGACCAUGCUGGCCUGCUACUUAGUCAAGAAGAGGAAGAUUUCUGGGAUCGACGCCAUCAACGAGAUCCGAAGGAUGCGACCCGGUUCCAUCGAAACUCAUGAACAGGAGAAGUCAGUGGUGCAGUUUUAUCAGCGCUCUAAAUAACUUUUAUUGGGACGGAAACAGGAAUGAUUCUGCUUCAGAUGUUAGUAAACAUGUUAGCAAACAGUCAAUAAACAGAAAAUAAGAGUGUUCUUAUUUUCUAAAACAUGGAAAAAUAUUCAGAUAUUAAAAACACUGUUAUCAAAUGAAAUCAUUUAGCUAAUUGUUGACAUUUCUACAACAAAUGCAUGCACUCUACCCCUUACAUGGCACUUAUAUGUUGUCAUUUCACUGUCAGAGAGUUGCUGAGGUUUCUGUUAAGCACUUGACUCCAGAGUAAAGAGACGCUGACGCUCUCUGAACGAGAGCCGUUCCGGAGCAAACACACUCCGGAUUUUCUCGUCCUGGUUUCUGCAAAUAAACAACCAGAAAGACUUGACUUUUUAUAUAUAUAUAUAUAUAUAUAUAUAUAUAUAUAUAUAUAUAUAUAUAUAUAUUGGCACUUACAGCUUCUCAGGCCAUAAUCUACAUAAAGUGACAUCUUUUGAUUUUGUUUACUCAGGGACAUUGUUUUCUUGCUCUUUCAAAAUAAAAGCUAAAAACAGCUUCAUGUGUGUGGGGGGGAAUUUCACGUUGCUGUCUAAAUCAUUUCCUUGUGUUAAACUACGGUAUGUAAAGUGUGAACUCACCCUUCUGCUGUCAUCAUUUCGUACUUCAGUUUUGCUUUUUGUUCUGCCAAAAACAAACAAAAAACAUGUGAUAUCAUAUGAAGUGAAAUGUCAGAUAGGCAAACACAAUUUUCAAUAAACAAAAUCAGAUUUCUUCCUA